UAUUAGUAUUUGACUCAGAAUGAGUCAGAAUGUUGUCACUUUAGCCUUAGCCGGCUUAGGCUUUAUCAUAUGUGACUUUUAUGUCUACUCUAGGCCUAGUGACACUCUUAGCACUCAUCUAGUUCUAGUCAAGGCAUUAUGAUCUUGAAGAAAAAGUUUCCAGAUAGAUCAAGAUCUAGAUCUAUGUACACAAUUAUACACAUCAACAUUCAACUGACAAAACAUUUUGCUUUAAGAGAAUUAAGAAACAUUAAAUAUUGGUUGCAAUUAUGGCUGAUAGAUCAAAGCGAAGAAACUCAAAGCACAGAUUGUUAGACAAUGACCAAGAAGCUGAUGGUCUCGUUAAUCCCAGCAUGGAAGAAGAGCUUGUAGAAUAUUACCAAUCUUUUUCUCAGUCUCAAACAGAAGGGGAAACUUCUGCGGCAGAGAUGUUAGAAGAAAAUGAAAAAGCUGAGGUUCUUAAAAGUGAUUUAAAAACACGUCACAAACGCAGAAAGCGAGAUUUAUCUAAACUAGUUUCACCAAAAGAAGAUAUUUCCAGUGAAUUGAAAACUGUCAAACUCGAUAGUCAUAAGAAGAUAGAAGAGACAGAAUUAGAAACACUAAAUGCAGGUGUGACUGAUACUGUUACUGAGCAAACUACUCCACUUGAAGAGACAACAGUCAUACAGACUCAAGAAAUAUUAGAUGAGCUUGUUGCCAGAGCUUCAGCUCUUGAUCAAACAAAAACCCAGGAGCUAGAGGAGACAUUGACAACACUUGACAUCCCUAAAGAGGAAGACAAAGAAGAAGAAGAACAAGAAAAACCUGUUGCCACAGAUCGAAAACGAUCUACUAUCAGAGAGCGAAUGAAAUUAAGAUUAGCAAAAGCAAAGGAAGAAGAAGAAGAAGAAUUUGAAAGACAAGAGAGGGUUGCUAGGAAAAAAUCUUUGAAGACGAAAGAAACCAGAUUUGAAGAGGGAAACCUAAAAGAGUUUGAUGAGACAAAAGAAGCUGAACUUCAGGAGAAAACUGAAAAAAUGAGAAAGAUGAGAUUGGAGAGAGCCAAACAACUAGAGGCUUUGUCCUUCAUGCCAUCACCUGAGCAAGCAUUUGAUUUCUUUACUCGAGUUUGGGAGCCUGAGAAAGAAGAAACAGAUGCUGAAAAGAAGGCUGAGACAGAAGCCAAGGAAACAGAAAAGCCAGAAGGAGAAGAAGCAGAAACAGAAGAAGAAAGGGCUGCUAAAGAGGAAGAAAAAGGAGAAGAAUCCAAACUUCUAGCAGAUGAAGACUACACUGAAGAAGGCUAUGGCCCAGUAGCUAUAAGAAAAGCUCAACUUAUUGACAGUGUCAAAGUACAAAAAGCAGAACAAGAAAUGCUGUUUUAUCCUUCCUCUGCUCCUACUCCUGCAGUUGAAAAAGUUACAGGUCAAAGUGAGCCUAGAUUUCUGGAAGAUGAAGGCUUUUAUGUUGGUGUAAAACCAUAUGUUGCAGAUCGGAAUAAAUAUAAAAUGGAAAAUAGACUUUUGAAGGAAGCAGAAAAGGCUAGUCAAGCUGGUAAAUGGUUUGGUGAAGAUGGUCAGUUAGUCAUCUUGCCUGACCCCCUUCGAGAUACUCCUACAAGACCAGCAGUACCUGAAGAAUCUGUUCCAUAUUUGGAAACAUUAUUCUAUAAGGCUAUUUUGAGAGAAUUUGACAGCAGGUAUAUUGAUGGUGCUGUGGAUGGUGGUGGAUUCUAUCAGCUGGAUGUGGAUAUCAAUUCUAUUACAUUCACACAUCAUCACCUUUUCAGUAGGGAACAUGUUCUGGCCAACAAACUUACUUCAUUCUAUGAAGAAUAUCUGGUUCGUAACAAGAGAAAUAUAACAGAAUUUUUAUUUGAAAAACUUGGUGCUUUGAAAAAUUCAGCCCACUUAUUACAGGAGUACAUAGCCUCUCAUAAAGGGGAAAUGUCUGUCACAGACAGAGAUAAUUAUGAGAGGAGAUUACGAGACUACAAAAGUGAAAUACGGCAAACUCGCUUCUUGAGGGACAGAGAAGAACAAACUGAUAGAACAUUAUUAAAAAAUAUCAUACAUACUUGGAAAGAAAUCAAAGCAUUGAGAGACCAACAGAAGUUUAUUACCACACCUGUCAAACUGCAGAUACAAAAAGAGGAAACAAACAAAGCUGAAGAUUUAGAAAGAUGGAAAUUUGAAAUUGAGGAAGAACUUCAAGAAGAGAAAGAAAAAUUUGAAGAAGAAUACUUGAGGAAACAGGCUGUGUACAAAGACCAACUGGAAAAAUAUGAAAAACAAGCCCAGGCUGUGGAGGAAGCUAAAAAAAGAAUAGCAGAGAGAAUUCAACAAAGAAGAGGCUCCAAAGCAUCCAAGCUAUCAAAGAUAUCCAAAAAUUCACAGGAUACCCCAAGGAGUGACAUUUUUGAUGAUGAGGAGGAAAGGAUAGAGGAGGAAAAUAGAAGAGAUCAAGAAAUUAUUGAUGAAGAGCCUAUGGCAAAGCCUGAACCACCGGACCCAUUUGAUGAGAAUGCUGUGAGAGAAAUUAUUAGAACCAAAGCCAUGGUACAAAAAAGAAGACCUGGUGAGCCAAAGCUCUAUCCAGAAUUAACUCACUCAGCAACUGUGUCUCCACCUGAGCAAUGCAGCAGAGGAGAGAUGCAGAGGAGAGAAGAUGUCUCCAAGUGUAAGCUAUAUGUUAAGAUUCUCUUCAAUGGGAAAGAAGUUUCUCGCACAGGUCAAAGACCAUUAACCCAAGAAUUUAAGGUAGUGUUUGGUCAGAUCUAUAACUUGAAGAUAGUCGAAUGGCCAGAAAGCAUCAAAUAUGAGAUCUAUGAAACAAUGGGAUUUGGAGGUGGCAGACUGUUAACAGAGUUGUAUGCUCCUAUACCAGAGUCUUCUGUGACUUCCCAAAGUGUGAUGCUAGAUAAUGUAGAGUUUAGUUCCUAUGACAAAGUGCAGCAUCAGCAUGAAGGCGUUGGCAGUGGAGUUGCCUUUAAGUUUGAAGGCCAUGUACCUGACCUUGUAACUUUAAUGACAUCAGGAAAGUUGACAUCCAGUGUUGCUUGGGCUGUAGGUGAAGAUGGCCUCCCUUUAGUUCCAACAGAAAAAUUUGGCUCUGGUUUCCAAUCAGCUGUUCAGAUGAAACGUUUGGACCCAUUAGCUGCCAUUGGCGCCAGUGGUGUGGCUAACAUGGAGAAGCUCUUACAGUGGUUCAAAGAAUCAAGACUUGACCCGAAUGACCCAAACAACAAGGACAUUGUCUAUAUGCUUAGUGGUGGAGACCAAACUUUACUUCAGCCCAGAGAGUACUUCAGACUUGAGCCAAUGCAGCAAGAAUUUAACUUUGCCUCAUUGGAAGAUCUUGAAAAUAACUUAAGGUUUAAAAUGAUAGCCUUUCGAGAUGAGGAGCACCCCAUGUUUAAAGGCUAUCAGAUGAUUCCACUUAAUGACAAGGAACUGCCGAGAGAGAUUUUUAAGGAGUAUGAAAAGAAGAUGAGAGAAGAAAGUCAGCUCCCUCAGGCUAAAGGUGAUCUGGAGCAACACAGACAACAAGUCAAUAUGUACUUACAAAAAAUAAAAAAUCGAGUCAUGACACAGUAUAGAUUUGCUUCCCACCAGAGGUCUCUGCAAGACAUGGUGUAUGAAGACAAACCACCAAAUUAUGCAAUGAUCUUUAAGGCACUGACUCGCUUGUCUGAGCCCAGACGUCCAUUGAAACCAAUACGGAAAGAAAGAAAGAAGGUCACUGCUCAGGCUCUUCAUGGACAGGAAGUGAAGAUUUUAAUUAACAUCAUCCGUGCUACUUUCAUUCCUGUCCGCAAGUCGGCUUCCAGAUCACUUGAAUUUAACUCUGAUUUACUCUUUCCAUCUCCUGGCAAUACCACUGCUAGGGACACUAUAAGCAAACUUGUUGUUGACCCAUACAGUCAGGCUCAAGUCUGUCCAUUUGUAGAGGUCAUGUUUCAGCGAUCAAGAGUUCGAACUCGAAGAGGUGAAGGUCCAAACCCAAGCUUUAAUGAAAAGUUAGAACUGAUUCUGAAAGUACCUAAUGAUGAUUACUCCCCGUCUGCUUUACAGGGCAUUGAGGAUAUGAUCUACUUGAAUGUUUUCGAUGAAGUAACGGUUGACAUUUUAGAGGACAACAGAGAAAGAGAAACAAAUGUCCACCAAAGAAUUGAGAAGAAAUGGCUUGGAAGCAUCAAAAUUCCAUUUUCCACAGUGUAUUUCAAUAAUAAGAUUGAUGGUACCUUUCGUCUUAACACACCUCCAAUACUGCUGGGAUACACCUUUGACCAGUCUCAAGUGCAGCCUGCUACGUCUGUAGUUGAUGCUACCAGAAUCAAUACAUUCCUCACCAUGUUCAUUACCUUAGAACCAUCUUUGACUCUUCCUGAUCCAUUUAAAGAGAAGCUUUCCACAAAUGAAGAAGAAGAACUCAUUCAACAUGCAGAAGUAUGGCAGGAAACUUUGGAGAGAAAAUUCCCCAAUCGCAUGUUUCGAACAACAGUCAUGGAUACAAGUGGCAGGAAUGUGUUUGUGACCAGAUUUUUUAAACCUCUGAAGCCUCCUCCAGAAGUGGAAGCUUGUCAAGAUCCUGACAAAGCUAUGGAGCUUGCAGCCAGAUAUGUUUCUCUUAUACCAUUUGUAGCUGAUACAGCUUUGUUUCCUGGCCAGUGUGACAUAUGGAGUACAUGCAAUCAAUUCAUGAAGAUGUUGUGUGGGGAUGAAGAGGAGCAUGCUGUCCUGUUGACUAACUAUUUCUUAGGCAUGGGCAAACAAGCCUGGUUAAUGUUAGGAAAUGCAAUACCAGAAGGUCGAACAGCCUAUGUAUUAACUGAAGACAGUAGUGGGCACUUUUUUAUUUGGAAUGCUAGAUCUGGAGAAAAAUUUAGUGUAUAUGACAACUACUGCCCUAUCCAAGUUGUAGGGUGUGUCAUCAAUGAAGCAAAUAUCUAUGCCAACAUACAGCAGUAUGACAAACCUUCUCAAUUGAAUUUUGAUUUUAAAAAUUCUAAGAACUGGCAAUCUUUCUACACAAAGUCUUUUCCUAGCAGAGGCUUAGCUUCAUGUCAACCUAACCAACUGCACUACAGGCGGAAGGACAAGAAAUUUGAAGGACUGGUGAUGGAACUACAGGAAAAAAUAGAACAACUACUGAAAAACAAAAUAAUGGAAUGGAGAAGUCGAUAUAUCACUAGAUGGAAUCGGCAUUGUACUCAAAUUAUGAGAAAACUUUUGCCCAAGCUGGAAGAGAAUUGUGGGAAACCAAUUGCAGAAACUGAACUUAGAGAUUUGGAAGAUUCAUUUAAAUCUUAUAAGGUGUCAGGUUUUCCUUUAAACAUUCCUUACACUGACAUGGACAAUAUUACUGAAACUGUUUUCUCCACUGGUGUGCAUGCCCAAGAAACAAGUGAAGUGGAAUUCGCCCUUGCAGUUUAUGUACAUGGCUACACUAACAAUGUCAUGUCAAUAUGGAUUUAUGUAGCAUCUUUGUUGCGAUUGAGAUAGUCUUUUUUUGUUUUUACAUUGAUGUUCAUUUUUUACCAUUUGUUUUUUCACUUUUACCCCUCAUUAGAUGAUGUGGACUGCCUAUAAGAAUGAAUGGUUGUGAGACACUUGGAAUCUGCUUAAUUAAGCGUUAUACUUGUGUGCCAAAUAUGUUGUAAACAAGUAGAAAUAAAAAUUAUUUUUUUUUAAAUAAUGAGACAUUGUAUUAAUGUUUAUUAUAAUUAUUAUUUCAACUAAAAAGAUAUUGCCAGUUAUAUUUACUCCGUCCACUGCUUUGUAUAGUUUUAUUAUUUGACAUUGAAAAUUACUUACAAGAAAUGUCAUUGUUUUUAGUUUUUAUUGUCUACAAAUAAAAUGUGAAUCUACAAGUUUUGUUUAGGAUACAUGCAAAGGAUCUGAAUGAAUAUAAUUUUUUUUUCUAUGAUAACUACACAAGUUAUUCUUUUGUAUUCAUUAAUAUCUAAAGUUGUCCAAUGUGAGAGUUCUUAAAUUAAUGUGGAAUGUGUCAAGGGGGCUGAAGUUAGACACAUGACUCGAGAAGAGUUGUGUUUACUGAGCGCAGCAUGGAAAACCUUCUCCCAGAGAUUGGACCAUAGCACUCCAAGCAUGCUAUAACCAUGAAAGUUAACAUAAAAGCUAUUAAAAAAAAAGAAAAAACAGCAGUAAUUCAAUUUAUCAAUCUUAGUUCAGUUCUAAAAAGUGUGUACCGGUACUAUUGAAAUUACAAUGUAAUAAAAUAGUGCAUACUUGAAUCAAAAUGUUCACAAAUCCUUGUAGGAAUAAAAAUAUUUCAACAAAA